AUGUUGAGUUUAAGAAGUACCACAAUUAAGACCGCUCUGCUGACCCUGCUCUCGAUGACAAUCGUAUGCGCUAUAUUUAUGCCGAAUCCAUGCAGUGUUGUGACAGCCAGUGUGUCAAUUGCUUCUAUCAGCACGGGUAGGUCAGACGAUUCUAUCCAAUUCAUGAUAAAUCUGAAAAGAAAUACCGUUCAAGGUGUUAUUGGGAUCAUGUCGCGAUUUUCUUUCGAUCUCGAUCCAAUUGUAAUGGCAUGCCUUUUGAUGACAAUCGGAAUGAGUGUUGACUACAUCGCUCACGUAGCUUAUCACUUCCAGGUUGACACGAGGACUGAGUUCGAGAAGGGACAGAUCGUUAAAAUACGCAUGGGAAGCCCACGACAACGGCUAGAGCACACCUUACGUACAGUUGGAUGGCCAAUGAUUCAAGCCGGCUUGUCGACCGUCUGUUGCAUCUUUCCUUUGACAUUUGUACAAGUUAGUUUUGGCUCUUCUGGCAACAUUUUUGUCCCUCGUUCGGGACAGAGGCAGUGGGGCACAGGGGUAGACGUGUACGCCGGACCACGUGCACGUCCGCGUUGGUCUGUGGGCCCUCUCGCUGUCGGGUGA